AUGAUACUAACCGUAAAUAUAACAAUUUCUUCUUUGGAAAACGUGAAGUCCAUGAGGACCGAAGAGAACCAGGCCCUCAAAGGAACGAGGCAUGCAGGUAGUGGGGUAUCGUCCUGGAUCUUCACCAUGAGGGCCAAGUCUCCGUUAUUAUCACAUCUUACCGGCGGGGAAAGUAAGAGAAAGAUAAAUAGAAAUGUCACAUGUCCUAUCAUGAUCCUUUAUGGACGGGCAUUCGAGAUCACCACGGGUGGAUGCAUGAGACCUGAUGGUACUGGGCGAUUUGAUUGCUCUGAUAUCGAGCGUCAAACUUGCGGAGAUCGCGUAAAGGGGGCCAGCCACACUAAAAAAAUACAUUUUCAAGGGAUCAGUAGAGAAAUUUGCAUGACUUACGAUCACUUGGGUCAUACAAGUCUUCAUUAUGACAGCCUCAUGGCCUAUCAUGGAUUGUCCAGUUUUGCCUGUCCACAUCCGUCCCUGCAACCUCAUGGUAGAGAUUCAUUGUUUAUAAAUAUUUCGCUUGUUGCUGGGUUGGAACUCGUGUCUUCAUCUAACCUCAUUAUACAUCUUGUUCACUUUCGUCGCCCAUGCCAGUGCCCAGCUGUAUCCCCGGAAUUUGCUCCGGAAUUUGUGUCCAGCUACCUAGGGCAUCUCCUCUACACCGUGGUGGAGAGGACAGACAAUUUUGAGUCACCAUCAGAUCCAUCUCAAGAAGAAAUCGAACUUCCAAAGAACCCGUUCGAAUUAUUUUGUAUAUUCCAAGCUCCUGCUGCUAAUUAUGCAAACCAUCGAUUUGACGAACAUGAUAUGUCCCGAAUCUAUCACGAUAUGUGGUCGGUAUUAUACCCGAAAGAGGCGGCAGAUUGGAAGGAGACAUUUGACGCAAUAGGACGGGCUGCCAAUGAACUUCGCAAAAAGUUGGCGACACCCCUAAUGGGUUCGACAAGGACGCAUAGUCUAAAGUGCAAGUUAGCAGUAGAUCAUAUACAGGAGGAGCAUCGUAAAUCGAAAAGAACCUUUGGGGGCCUUUGGGUAGAUCGUCGAGAUGGUGGGAUGUAG